AUGGAGUCCAACUACCCGUCGCGCAUGCUGGAAGUGUCCGUCGCCCAGAUGUGCCUCACAGUCGGCUGGUCCAGGACAAAGCCAUCCGCCCUCACCUAUUUGGCCGCCCUGCUCGAGCGCUAUUUGCGCAAAAUCGGCCAGCUUUGCAUGGGCUCGGCCGAGCUGAACAAUCGUACCGCCGCCAAUCUGAACGAUCUCGCCUUCGUGUUCACGUAUCUGCGCAUCGAUAUGGAGCACCUCGAGGCGUACUGCCGUGAGGUGACGUCGAACCCGCUGCCCAACCCGGUACCGUUCGUGACCGUACCGAACAGUGGCCACCUGUCGCGAUUGCCAUCGUUUUCUGUGCCGCGGGACGAGCUGAAACGGAAACGACCAUCGGCCGCUGGGAAUGGCGAGUAA